GUGAUAUAAUUUAUCAAACAGACUGUGUUAAGUCUUCACACUGCUAGCACGCGUUUUUAAUUCUUUUCUAAAAUAAAUUAUAUAGUAAAACAUUGUUCGGUCCAAAAUUUUUCGGUGAAUUAUUACGAUAAGUGAAAUAGUGUUGCGUUCAAAAUGCGUAAGCUUAUCCGUUUAGGGACAGCGAGUUUGGCGGCUUUUGCAGUUUUUAUGACCCUGAUGAUGAUUGCUGAGCAGUCUAGUGGGGGGUACCGCGGUCACCCGGCAGAUCGUAGGGCUCGCGCGGUGCUGUCAGCUGACUUACAAGAUAACGAAUUGAAUGAUAUCAAAUCAUUGCCGCUCGAUCAGAUUACGGAUAGUAAUAAUAGACGUCAUCAUAUAAUUGAGAUGAUGCGACACGCAUGGAACAACUACAAGCUGUACGCAUGGGGCAAAAAUGAAUUGAAGCCGAUAUCGAAACGAGCACAUUUGUCCAGUGUAUUCGGAAGUGGUAACCUCGGAGUCACCAUAGUCGACGGACUAGACACACUGUACCUGAUGGGGCUGCACGACGAGUUUCGCGAGGGACGCGACUGGAUCGCCGAAGAACUUCACAUAGAAGAAAGUCACUGGGAUCUAUCUGUGUUCGAGACGACAAUUCGUUUCGUGGGCGGAUUGCUGUCCUGUUACGCUCUGACUGGUGACACGAUGUUCAGAGACAAGGCGGCCGAGGUAGCGGACGCUCUGCUGCCUGCCUUUGAAUCACCCACUGGUCUGCCAUACGCCCUUAUCAAUCCCUCCACGAAGGUAAGCCGCUCUUACAACUGGGCAGGAACGAACAGUAUUCUCUCCGAAGUCGGCACUCUGCACCUCGAGUUUACAUACCUCAGUGACGUCACGGGAAAAGAUGUUUACAGACAGAAGGUAGAGCGCAUCCGUGAAGUGUUACACAAUAUAGAGAAGCCAAACGACCUCUAUCCUAACUUCAUCAACCCUCGAACCGGCCAAUGGGGACAGAGGCAUAUAUCGCUAGGUGCUCUCGGUGACUCCUUCUACGAGUAUCUGCUGAAGGCGUGGCUGAUGUCCGGCCAGAAGGACGAUCAGGCGCGCAUGAUGUUCGAUACCGCGAUGCAGGCGGCGCUUGACAAGAUGCUGCAAGUCUCGCCCAACGGACUAUCGUACCUAGCAGACAUGAAGUACGGACGCGUCCUAGAGAACAAGAUGGACCAUCUCUCAUGCUUCGCCGGCGGUAUGUUCGCGUUGGCUUCCACAACUCUACAGAACACGUUGUCGGACCGGUACAUGGACGUGGCUAAACAAUUGACCCACACCUGCCACGAGAGCUACGACCGCGCCGAUACCAAGCUCGGCCCAGAGGCGUUCCGAUUUACCGGUGCAGUGGAAGCGCGAGCACUAAAGGACACAGAAAAGAUGUAUUUAUUAAGGCCAGAGACUUUCGAGAGUUACUUCAUCAUGUGGCGUCUCACCAAAGACCAGAAAUAUCGCGACUGGGGCUGGGAAGCCGUACAGGCAUUAGAGAAGCACUGUCGUGUAGAAGGAGGUUAUACGGGGCUGGUAAACGUGUACCGUGAAAACCCACACGGCGAUGAUGUACAACAAAGUUUCUUCCUAGCAGAGACGCUUAAGGUAUUUUAUUAUUAUAUUUUAUAUAUACAAGGUUUUAGCUAUUUGGUUUGGUAUCUGAGUAAUCAGAAAAGAUUUCAGUUAUAGAAUCCAUUGAGUUAAGAGUUGGCAUUCACUUGAGUUUUUUUUUUUUAAUAAAGAUAUUUUGCUUCAUCGUCCAUUAUAAUACAAUUAUUGAUUGAAAUUGAUUGAGUUUACUUAAUAAAUAUGUUUUUCGUUACAUUACAAACUCAUUUUUGAGUUAGUUUCAGUUUAUCAAGACAAGUACUUAUCUCAUUAUGCAUUCGUUAAUAACCGUUUUUACUACACUUAUUAAACUAUCUUAAAAGGCGAAAGUUCUUAAGGUU